AAUUUUGUAGUUGUAAAAAAGAUAAACUUUUCGAUUUUUUGUAUUUGUAUUUGUGGCUCGCAUUUAAUUGUUGUCUGUGUAAUACGCAUGUGCUAUGAAUGAUGCCCAUGAAAAUUAUCGCUAUUAUAAACGCGCAAGACGCAAGUUUGCAUUAAAAGUUUACAUAUAUCUGGCCCUAUGGAUACUUCUGGCUAUGAUACAAUGGUUGUUAGUGAGCAUAUUCGCUGACUUUGGAGAAAUUUUUAUCAAGUACUACUUUAUCUGCUUCAUAACGUUUUUCGUGGCGAUUCUGCUCUUUGUCAUCUUUAUAUUCGUCGAGAAAUUGCGCUUCAUACCAUGCGUGAACGUUACUGUCGCCUUUAUAAUUGUAGAGCUGCAAAUCAUAUCAGCAUUUACGUUGAUAGCAGAAGUAGAGAUGGUCCACUUUCUUGUCUUCUUCUUUGUCAGUGUGAUCAUACUAGCCGUGUUUAUCGUAAUUGGCGCACUCUGUCCACAUGAGAUUGAUCUUACUAUGGAUGUUGCUAUACUUUUCAUAAUGGCGUUCAUCUUUCUUCUCAUGGGAGUCUUCUUUCUAAUGGUUACUUUAAUCAAUGAUAAGUUGUAUCCAUUUUUAUAUUUACUCUUCGAGGUUCCAAUUACUUUCCUCAUAUGCCUGUUUAUCAUGUACCAUGCUCAGACUAUUCACGGCAGUCGCUUUGCAGAGAUGCGCUUGAAUGACUAUAUACUGGGCUCCUUAAUACUAUUUCAUGAUUUUCUUCUCAUAUUUUGGAUGACAUUCUACUGGCAGCUUAUAGUUCGUCCACUUGAUAAGAAAUCAGCACCUGAGACCGAGGAAACAACAACUAGUGUAAGGCCAGGCGGAGGUAAUGGAGGUGGAGGCGGCGGCGAGGAGACUCCAGCCGAAGGUGAUACUCCAGCCGAAGGUGAUACUCCAGCCGAAGGUGAUACUCCAACCGAAGGUGAUACUACAGCCGAAGGUGAUACUACAGCCGAAAGUGAUACUACAGCCGAAAGUGUUACAAGCGCCGGCAGCACAGGCAAUACAACUGUGGCAGAAGGGGAAAAGAAGACCACAGCAAAAGGAGGCGCGGAAGAGAAUCCCACAGAAGCAGGCGCGGAAAAGAAGACCACAGCAAAAGGAGGCGCGGAAGAGAAUCCCACAGAAGCAGGCGCGGAAAAGAAGACCACAGCAAAAGAAGUCGCGGAACAAAAUCCCCCAGAAGGAGGCGCGGAACAAAAACCCCCAGAAGGAGGCGCGGAACAAAACCCCCCAGAAGGAGGCGCUCAACAAGAUGACGAGAAAGAAUUCGGCAUAAACGACCUUGAUAUGGAGUCAUACUAUCGUUGGUUGAAGUCAAAAAAAAAAUACAAAGGAUCAACCACAGAGAGAUCACAAACACGGAGAAUUCCACUCUUCUACCAUAAUAAUCGGCAUAACGCUGACAUAAUGCAUGCCGCACAAAACUUUUAUGAAUCGGAUGCAUUGGACACGUCUGGCGCAACUCGACGAAUUACCUACGAAUCACAUCAAGUCCCAAGAACACAAUCCAACAUACAGCAAACACUGUCGACGACAACAGAGCCCAUUAUUACACGCCAAACAGUUAGCACAGAGGCAGUUUCCAGCGAAGUGAAUCAAACAAUUGCAGAAACUUUUAGGCCAGUAAUAGAGGUACAAACCGCUGGAGAUGUUCCAGACAAGAUUAUUCCAGAAAAUAUGCAUAAUGAAGACUACAGAGAAAACAUUCACGAAGAAUAAGCGAACGGUGAUUUCAUCAUUAUGUGUGUGUUGCCAAAUUUAUGCCGACAGAACUAUUUGAUUGGGGCCAUUAAAUUUUAAGUACAACA